GGAAGACUGACUAGUUUUCCACUCUCAAUCAAUUGCCUUCAAACGAAAUGGGUAGAAACCAGUUUAAAGCCAAGCAAGAUACGAACGUAGCACCAAAGGCUGUUGAAGCUUUGCUCUCUGCCUUCGAUUCACCGAGCAAUGAUAACUUUGCUCUCGUGACGCAAGGAAUUGACCGCCAUAGACUUCGAAUCUUUGAUCCACGAUCCAGUACUAUUAAAUCCGACUUUUCUUCCAGCAAAGAGGAUAAAUUCACAUGUCUAGCCUGGGGAACUAGCAGAUCUGACGUUGACAUGAGCAAAGCAUCUAAGAAGAAGAGAAAGACUUCUUCCAACAGCCAAAAAGUGCUAGCCCUCGGCUUGCAAAAUGGAUCUAUUGCUAUAUACUCGCCUGUUCACGGAAGAAUUGUGAAGACUCUCGCUGGGUCACACACUCUGCCCAUCAAUGACUUCGUUUUCAACCAAGCUGGUAAUGUUGGUUACUCAGUUUCUGAAGACCACCACGUUGUUGAGUGGGAUAUUGAAGAAGGAAGAGAAAUCAGCAAGUGGAAGGCCGACUCAAAGAGCAUCAAAAAGUUGGCCCUUAACCACAGUGAAACUAAGCUGGCAACUGCAGGACACACCAUCAACAUUUGGGAUCUAGCAACGAAAAAGAUCUCCAAGAAAUUCACUGGUCAUGCAAGCGCUAUCACUAAUGUUCUCUUUGGUGCUAACGACGAUAUCUGUGUCUCCAUCGCUGAAAAUGACCGUUAUGUCAACGUUUGGGAUUGCUCAUCUCAAUCUGACGAUUCCGGUAACAUCACCGCCUUGACAAUGGAUAACGACAUCGUACAUGUCGAUAUCUCUUCAACCGAUAACACAGUGUUAGCUUUGUCUGAGGAUGGUAUUACUGGUAUCUGGCAAAAUGCCUCCUCCCCUACAUCGGCUUCAGCAGCCUCCUCCGGACCCAAAUCAAAAAGAAAGAUUCGGUCAACCACUCGACAGCCAGAUUCCUCCAUCAAGGUUGUCUCAAGCGAUGAUGAAUCUAGUACCAUUCCCAUAUUAAUGACAGCCUUCAUGUCGGGAAGCGACAAAGAUUUUGUUAUCAUUGCUCGUGGUUCUACAAUCAAGCCAGCUUUUGAGACUGUGCGAGUUCUCGAUGCCUCUGGAUCUUUGUCACAGGAUAUUGUCUUGACCAGACAAAAUGUAAAUGGUUACCUCGUAGACAAAGCGUCACUUGCAGCAAGCAACUUGAAAACUACCCAGAAGAAAUACGAUGAAUCAUCUGUUACAGUACUGGGUAACACUGACUUUGCCAUUUCAAAUCCUGCUUUGGCUCAAGAUGAUGAUGAUGAAGAAGAUAGCAACCAAAAUGAACCAUCAAUAGAGCAAAAGUUGUCAGGUUUGGCAGUUGAAGAGUCUGGUGCCGGAAACAACACUGGAGCUCAAAACGGAAAACCAAACAAGUAUGCUACUCCAUCUGCCAGUUCAUUGCAACAAAUGCUUGUCCAAGCACUUCAUUCCAACGACACGCAAUUGUUGGAGGCUUGUUUGACGUACAGUAACCCCGAGAUCAUUCGAAAUACUGUGCGAAGACUUCCCACCACCUUUGUCAUUCCGUUCUUACAGCAAAUUGUUGACAAGUUCCAAGAGAGACCAAACCGUGGUAAAGCGCUUUUGGAAUGGAUCAAGGCAAUUCUCUUAAUACACACUGCAUACCUGAUGACUGUUCCUGAUCUGGUUGGUAAACUCUCCAAUUUCUAUAAGGCACUGGAUAUACCACCAACGAACCUAUCAAUGUUUAUGUUGAGGAAGACGAAGAAGAAGAGUUUGAAGAUGAGAUGAUCGGUGAAGAGGAAGAUGAAGACGAUGGUGAUAUGAUGGAGUAUGAUGAUGAGGAAGAAGAUGAAGAUGAGGACGAUGAUGACUUGGAUGAAGACUUAGAUAGCGACGAUGAAGAGUAGAUGAUCACAUCCUUCUAUAGACUAUCUGAUUCUCGCCUAGAAACCAUAAUGCAUUUCAAAUUUUUUUUUUUCAAUAUACAUCGUUCUUGUCACACCAAAUGCCUUUUUGUCCAAGCCCUUAACGGGCGGCGAAACCGUAAAUAGAAAUCCACGAGUUUG